UAGGAUAAGGGAAAAUCACCUCAUAAUAAAAAUAAAGUUGUUUAAAAAUAUAAUCAUACUCCGUAUCUUUCUAUAAGAUAUCAUGGCUCAAUUCUUCUCACAAUUCUCAAUUGCUUUUAUGGUUCUUCUUCUUCUUGCCAUUUUAUCUUCAACUCCACUCUCAUCUUCAACUGCUUUUAUCGUUCUCCAUGGCAUUUCAAUGAUGUGCGCGGAUGCAGGAAGCAUGUAUUACACCAUGACACUUAGCACAAUGACAAAAGUUAAAGGAUCAUGCGUGGAAGUUGGAAACGGAUUGUUUGAUUCUUGGAUGAUGCCAAUGGAAAAGCAAGUUGCAGAUGCAUGUGGCAAGAUUAAGGGGAUGGCGGAACUUAAAGAUGGUUACCAUAUGGUUUCUCUCUCCCAGGGAAACAUGGUAGGAAGAGGAGUGAUUGAGUUAUGUGAUGGCCCACCAGUCAAGAAUUUUAUCUCAGUUGGAGGACCAAAUGCAGGGCACUCGUCAACUAUCCCUUGUGGACCUUUUCCCUGGUGUGGUGUAGUAGGGCAAUUUUAUGGAAUGGGAGUAUACACCCCUUAUGUUCAAGAUCACUUGGCUCCAAGUGGCUAUAUCAAGCUCCCAAAUGAUAUACCAGCAUACUUGAAAGAGUGCAGAUUUCUUCCCAAGAUCAACAAUGAAGUGGAAGACAAUGAGAGUCCACUUCGGAAAAAACGAUUCAGCAGUCUUAGCCAACUCGUUCUCAUCUUGUUCAUGGCGGACACAAUUAUAAUGCCACAAGAAAGUUCCCAUUUUGGGUAUUACCGAAACGGAGACUUCACCAAACCCGUGCCUAUGCAAGAGAUGUUUACCAGAAGGACAUGUUUGGACUGCAAACUUUGGAUAAAGCUAAAAAGAUAAAGUUCUUCAAGGUGCCUGGUGCUCACCUUGUCAUAACAGUACCUGAAAUACAGCAGAAUAUUCUACCAUACAUGACCUAAUUCAUGUCCCAGUUCAUCUAAUGUCUACAUAUAAACACAAUUAAUACCUCAAAUUCAAAAAUAGUUGCCUUUUGGUUUUACAUAAAACUUGCCAUUACAU